GUGGGGGGAAUUUUGGCGCCGCUUUCGUUCCCUAACAAGCGUCUGCAGUUGGCUCUAGGCUCGCUAGACUCACACUCACACAAAGGGACCGUAGCUAAGGCAACCAAACCAAGGGCAGAAGGGGAAGUGGAAAGUCUAGUGCAACAAAAACGCGUCGAAAUGUCAAUAUGGCGAAAGCCAAGUUUCCAGGUAAACCUCAGAAAACGUCUCAAAUUACUCGUUUAAGAGUUAGUACAAACGGUAAUGGCAGUGCGAAUGAUUCUUCGAGAUUCGCAGCACAACAGGCAGCCUAUGGUUUGAAACUGUUCUAUCAACAUUUCGCUGCUGACGAUGAGGAUAAUGAUGAUUUUAUUGGUUUCGAAAAAGUUGGGGAAAACUUCAGACCACACUUCCAACCUGGAACUACGCAGACAAAACUACUCGGAAAGUGUCACAUAGUGAAUCACAAACCUCCAGAAACUGUGCUUUGUGAUCCCCACCCAGACGUUUUGAAACAUGCUGUGAAUGUGCCUGCUUUACCAGUUGUGCUCAGUCAAGAUCAGACGCAGUUGGUCUCAAAUCGACGAUUGGAUGAUUUACCUCGGGACAGAACAUCUUUAGUGAACUGGAAAAACAGUGAAUUGCCAUGUAAUCAACAACUUGAAAAGGUAGCUGAUGGAAAAAGGCUUGAGAAAAAGCUUCAAGAAAAGGCAUUGAAGCAAGUGCAGUCCUUAAAAGCUGUGUCUGCUCCCAAAAUCCCUAUCUUCCCUAAGAUUGGCAAAGAAGACCAAAAUGGAAAAAGGGAUUCCAGUGAAGAAAGUGAAAGAUGCCACAAAUCUCGGCCCAGUGCUACAAACAAAACCCAGAGUCAAGUUGGAGAGGAAAGUGCCGAGCAAGAGAAAAAUCGAAUCAAGAGAGAAAUUGAAAGGUAUACUACUAUCAUGACAAAUGAUGUAGUGGAUCCAAAGCAGGCGGCUGUUGAAAAGAAAAAGAGUAGAAGGCAACAAAGUCCGUGUGGAGAGGUAGAUAAAGCAGAAAAGCUUAGAGAUAAAAUUCAGCAGCUUCUUCGAAAACAAUGGGAAUCCAGAUUACAGCUUGUAGAUGUCAAGACUGAAACUCAAGUUCCAAUAGAAAGCAAAACGGAGACUCAAGAAAAUCGUGCAAGCUCGCUGUCUGUAUCUUCUUCAUCGUCAUCCUCAGAAGAUGACCUCUUUUACAAGCGUAGGAGGAUGAAUAGCAACAGCAGUAGUAGCAGUAGUGCCCGAAAGAGUAAAAUUAUUCUUCGCAAGGCCCGCCUACAGUUGAAUCAAAAACUAUUGAAACAGCUGCGCCAGCCUUCCAGGUUGCAACAGUUGGUAGAACCAAAGCCUGAACCAGCGGAAUCACAAAAAAUCGUUCAACCUAGUUCGACAUCGAUUCUUCGACCGGCUCAGCUGGUAUUAAAAACAGCAACGAACCCAGUGCCACGCGUCCCAGCGUUACCAAAGGAACUGACGACUAAGUUGCCUAAAGUCCGAAAUCCUUCGCCACCCAAAUCCAACUGCAUCCAAAGGGCAAGCGAAACGACUGUUACCAAUCCCUUGGGAUGUGCAUUCGUCAUGGAACAAAGCGACAGUAAAGGAAUACCAGGGACAGUCGUUUGCGGAGUCUGUGGGGCUGUUCGACGCUACUCUUUUAUUCUUCAGGCGCGCAAAUUUGGUACCUUCAGUUGCGAGCCGUGCCGCAAAUUUAUCUCCCGCGUGCUUCGCGCCAGGGUGCCUGUCAAGUGCGCUGUCGGCAGCGGCCACUGUAUCCAGCCUCCAGUGCAUCGAUGGAAUACUUCUUUUCCUCCCGAAGAAAAGCCAAAUGGUGAAGUGAUGACAGCCCGUUGCAAAGCCUGUUGGCUGAAACUCGCCCUUACUGGAUUUCAAAUGCGAGAGGCUGAUCAUGACGAUCUACGGAAGCUGCUUCCAGCUUUCAUGCAGGACGCAAUUCCUUUAGCUAGUGACCGUCCUACUGUCAUACAUUGGGCUCCUAAUCGAGGGCAAAUGAUACGGAUGAAGUCAAACCCUUCCGCAACUCCUAAUGUGCCUGCAACAUCUACCUUACCUACGGUUCCGGCUGCACCAAAAAUAAAGAAGAAACCCAAUGCAUCGAAAAAAGCUGAGCAUUGUCCUGGUUCUAGAACCAGAGAGAAGAGUGGCGGUGGCGGCUCGACGACGGAAAUCCAUUCGGGACCCAGGGUGAAGCACGUGUGUCGGAGCGCGGUUGUCGCCCGCGCGCAACCUCGGGCGACAUUUGAUGAUGGAGAUUCGGAUCGUUCGGCUUCCAAGCAAUGCGAUCUACCGUGUGAUUGCUGUUCUUUGCCAGAUUCUGGGCCACUCAAACUCGCGACGUUCGACGUUGCACCGAUAUUGGCAAACGGAUCUAGCGCUGCAAAGAAUUCUUCAAAACUUUCUCGGUCAACGGACCGAAAAAACUCUUUGAGCUCCCCGGCCAUGCCUCUAACCACUUCUCAGGGGGAGCGAUCUCGCGUCACCUUUCGCGAUGACGUCAAACUGGGAUCCAACCAACGAGUUGGACUCAUGACUUCUGCUGUUCGGGCUUGGCAACAGCAGGAUCUCAGCCGAACUAAAAAUUCUCAAUUUCGCUGCAUGACGUCCGGUUCGGCGGGACGUAAGCCGGCGAAGCUUGUACCAAAGGGCGUACUCUUGCCGGAUCUCUGGGAACACUACGAUGCGGAUCGUGUGUGGGACCAAGGAUUCGCCAUGUGCUGCUCCCAGCUUAGCAUGACAUCACCAUUGUGUUUCCUGUGCGGCAGCUCAGGAAGAAACGAACUAGUCUGCUGCUCCAGUUGCUGCGAAUCUUUUCAUCCGUUUUGCGUGGCCGACAGCGCUCCUUUGUCCGUCUCGGCUCCAGAUUGCCAUCACUGGGACAGGGAAGCUGUCGCUUGUCGUAUUGAAGAAGACGGAAUCGAAUCGUGCUCUGGAAUUGUGGAAAAAGGCGAAACAGCUAUUUCAGCCGUCACCAAUACUCUUGGAGCACCUUGGAUCUGCUUGAAUUGUGUCGUGUGCCAAAUUUGCAGUUCAAGUUCCGGACAAAGAAUGGUUUGCUCUAGCUGUUCUCAUGCCUAUCACUGGUCUUGUCUCGGUCCAGCUCAUCCAUCUAGCAAAAGGAAGCGAAGAGCCAAAUGGCAGUGCUUUGCAUGUUCUCGAGUGGAGGAAAAGUUCUGCCCAUUAUGCUUCAAAUGUCACACAAGUCGCCAAAUGAAGAUGGAGUGUAAUUGCUGUGGAACGUGGGUUCAUGCAGAAUGCGAACAACUUUCUGAUGAAGAUUUCCGCUUCCUUUGCACGACAACAAAUGUUGAAUAUGUCUGCAGUCUUUGCUCUCCAGACAAAAACUGGAAAAAUGAUUUGCUUCGCUGCGCUAAUGGAUUGCUUCGCGAAGCUCUAGCAAAAAUUGCUGAUACGCAAACAACCCCCUCCUCGAAUAUAUUCGAAGCCAUUAACGAUAAAUUGAUACGGAACGAAUAUCGAGAUUGUGCUGAAUUCUGCUCGGAUCUCCGCCAGCUUGCCGACAAACUAAGCUUAACAGAGUCCAGCAUUUUUUCACUAAUACCUUGGAUGGAAUCUAAACAAAAGGAAAUAGUUCCACGACCAAAAAUCUCCAUUACGGCCAAGGUGGAAUACGAUGCAGAAUCUGACAUUCGUUUAUGCGCUUUGUGUCAUGGUCGAGGGGAAGGUCCAGCAGCUGCAGAGGGGCGUCUUUUGUAUUGUGGCAGUGAUAUAUGGUGUCAUAUCAAUUGUGCACUAUGGUCCAACGAAGUCUUUGAAGAAGUGGAUGGGGCGCUUCAGAAUGUUUUUGAUGCGCUUGCCAGAGGCAGUGGCUCUCGUUGCAAACAUUGCCAUGCCAAAGGUGCAACAGUGAACUGUUGCGUCCGUGGAUGUCAAAUCUCUUUGCAUUUCCCGUGUUGCUUACAACCAGACACGGAAGUAACUCUGCUCGAAGGCAAGCGUCUUAUUUGCAGCCAGCAUGCAAAGGAACAAUCCAAUAAAAACCUUGUCCCCCAUCCGCCAAAUUUUGAAGUGGCUCGUUGCGUCUAUGUUGAUCUGGGGGCUGAAUCAAAACGAAUCAAACCUUGCGCUCCUCGUGAUAUUCGAGUUGUUAUUGGAUCUCUGUCCAUCUCAUCUAUCGGGCAGCUACGGACUGACGUUUCGGGUGAAAACUCGGCAUUGACGCCAGUGGGUUUUGAAUGUCAACGAAGAUACUGGUCUGUCAAAGAGCCAUGGAAAGUUGUAUCUUACACCUUGAAGACAAUUUACAUCCCCAGUUCAGUUGACGGAAAAGAUUUGGAAACCAACGUCACAGUGAGCCAUGAAGAGGACGAUGUCAUCAUGGCGGAAUCGGGACUCAACCUGGCAGAACUCGAUACUCAAGAUGAUCGUGAAUUGAUUCACAUGGUCUUGGAAGAUGCCAACUUCGAGCAGGAACUGGAAGGUGGACCUAACGCAAGUGUAGCAAUGAGUGGAACACCUAACGAAUUAAGAGAUUCUGGCUUCUACUCUGACGCUGGAGAAGUGUCGCCUAGUCCGACCGAAGACAAUGCUCUUGAAGCCUGGCUAGCCGAUCCGGAACAUGCCGUCAUCUUCCUCGAUUCAGCCUUGUUAGCUUCACUUGACAUAGAAUCUGAUCCUGCUGUUCCAAAACCAUCAACGUUUUCUGGCACUGCGGUAGACGAAACACGUACACAGCCGAACAACAAUUAUCCACAGUUACCUGAAGUGAAUACUCCGCCCAAAAGGAAUUUGAGAAAUAGGCGUCUGAGUUACACGCAAUGGAGAAAGAUGCGAUUACAGAAUCGCAAUGACAAGCGUAUUGUCCCAGCGACUGUGAAAUCUUCUAGUAUUCAAACUGGAGAAAGAUCAUCAAAUUUAGAUUGGAAUGGCAAUGAAUCUGAAUGGAACAGUGUCAAUAGCAAUAACUUGUUAGCCAGCAUCAAAGUAUCGCCAUUAUCCCAUAACGAUGUUCUGAAGAAAGUGAAUUCAGACGUUCCAUGGCAUCGGAAAGGCUCGUCGGGCAAUAUCCUUCAACUAGAUGGAGCAGCCGAUUCUUCCGAUACUGAACCGGAGAAAACAGUUGUUGUGAAACAAGAAAACAUGAUCGAUGAGGAACCAGUGAAAUGCCGCCGAUGUCGGCGGUCCUAUCGAACAUUGCAGAGUUUCAAUAAACACGUGGAAAGUUGCGUUGAAAUGCUGAGUAGUAGUAGCGAAGGUGAAGAGGAAAGCGAAGAAGACGUCAUCCCAGUGAAACCGAAACUAGAACCAGUGGAACCCGAUGCUCAUAUUUCGAUCCCUAUUCAAUUUCAAGCUAAAGAAGAACCAAUGGAUCAUGUAACAGAGGCAGAGAUCAUUCAAUCUCAGCCGGAAAACGAUCCAAUUCAAGUUCCUGUCGUCAAUUCAUCCUCUCAGGGCCAAAAGGCGAUCGAACCCGCGAAAUCCGUUAAUCAGCCGGUGCCUUCAAAACCUCCAGGAAGCGUUAAACCUCGGUACCAAAAACGUCGAUUCCGGCCUGUUGUCAACGCUAUUCCUCCUAGAACGUUGGCCAUCCGACAACCUCAUCCACCCGCUCCUACCGGAUUGCAAAAUGUCCGUUUCACCGUACCAGCUCCAUCACCAAUACCCGCAUCCUAUCAGAUGACACUUCAAUCUCCUCCUCCGCCAGUAUUGUACGUCACGCGACCAGAAUUGAACAACCCUUCCAAUUCAGGUGUGCAGUGUAGCUUCAUCUCGCAACCUUCAUUGAACGUACCUCAGCAACACUACAUCAUUAUGCCACCAUCAAUGGAGCAAACGUUCGUACAAGCCAAUUCAUGUUCCAUACCCACAUUAUCUUCUUCCGGCCUGACCUUGAAUCAGCAGACUUCAAGUCCCGUCGUGCAAUACUUGGGAGCAAUACCUUCGCACAUGUUGUCGACUUUAGGAAUUAUGACGACUAACGUGGGUGUUACCAACUACACCACCAUACCCUCUCUUUCUUCCCUUCUCCAGAAUCAGCACGCUCAAGUUCCGUGGGAGACGUCUAAUCAGAUCGUCAUCCUCCCCCAACAACCUUUACUUUCAUUUAAUUUACCUUCGGUAUCAUUGCAACCCGCUUCCCAGUUAUCACCUUCCAUUGCAACCAUACAGCUAAGUCCAGCAGUAGCCAAGGAUACAAAUCCGCCAGUGGCAAAGAAAACAUUAUCCCCAAAAGUAGUCAAUGAAUUAACUACUAAACCCGUCGUCGAUGGAACUGAACCUAAACAACCUAUUCCUACGCAAGAAACCACGAAAAAAGAAAAUUCUAAAGCUCCUAACGAACUGGACGUAUUGAAAGAGGAUCAAAAGAGGCUUGUUCUUCCUUUAAAUAAUAACAUUAUAGAAGAUGUUCCAGCUGUAGAUGGAAAACCUCCCAAACCGACUUAUAGCUAUCGUUCGGCAAUGGGAGGUAAGAAACCUGCCCGUGUAAUUACACCUGUGGGAAGUGAAGCUAAAGAGGACCCGCCAUUAAUUGUCCAACAACUGAAAGUUGUGGCUCAUCCUAGCGCACCUGAAAAGGCAACUCGUACAUUUCAUUUGAAAGCUUCCACUGAUCAACAAGAGCGCCUCUCAAUAACGGAGGCAAUGGUAGAAAUGGUAGCUUCUCAAAUGACUGAAGCAACAUCUGAAUUGCCAAACAAACUUGCUGAUAUCAGCGACGUUUUUGCCACGCCACCUGCCUCCUCCGAACCGCCAAUUCUUCCAUCCGACAUGGAUGCUGAACCUGUAUCUUGGCCUGUUAUUGACUCGACUCUGCCGGCCGAAGAACAAAAAUCAGCACCCGAAAAUGGAACGAAGAAAGAAGCCCAUAUUGUUUACGAACUCGUUUCAGACGAUGGUUUCUACGCCCGAUCCAACUCCCUCUCGGCCGUUUGGCAAAAGCUGCUGGACGCUGUCCAAGAUGCCAGAUUAGCUUUGAAGAUGGAGCCGCUUUAUAAUGGAUGUACAAAGAGCAUGGAUGAACGCAAUCUCCAUCUAACUGGCCUACACCAUCACGCUGUCAUCAAUCUGUUGGAGCAAUUACCCAACGCAGAUCAAUUCCCUGGCUAUACCUUCCGUUAUCGUGCCAAUAGGGAUCGUGAGUCGGUUGAAAAAUUGAUUACUGGGUCCACUUUUGGCUGCGUCCGGGCAGCUCCAUUUAACGGGAGAGUGCCAUAUGACAUGUUUGGCUGGUUGGCCUCUCAGUAUCGUCCCAAGCCUCAACUAUCAGUCAGGGCCGCUGCCGAACAAGAUGGAGCUCAACAGCCAGCUGCUGGACGACGUGUCACUAAUUUUGAAUUAUUGCCCAUGACGGUCCGUUUCAAGCAUUUACGCCAAGUAGCUAAAACGUCUGUUGGUGUUUAUCGAUCACAUAUCCACGGUCGUGGAUUAUUCUGCAAACGAGACAUUGAGAGCGGCGAAAUGGUUGUCGAGUACGCAGGCCAAGUCAUCCGGUCCGUGCUGUGUGACAAACGAGAAAAGGAGUACGAGGCCAAAGGAAUGGGCUGCUACAUGUUUCGAGUUGACGAACAAACUGUGGUAGACGCCACGGUUCACGGGAAUGCGGCCCGCUUCAUCAAUCACUCUUGCGAGCCCAACUGCUAUUCGAGAAUCGUCGACAUAUUUGGCAAGAAGCACAUUAUCAUCUUUGCCCUAAGGCGAAUCCAUCGCGGAGAAGAGUUGACAUACGACUACAAAUUCCCGCUGGAGGACGUCAAGAUACCGUGCACCUGUGGCUCGCGCAAGUGCCGGAAAUACCUCAACUGAUUGUGGUGCCCGCUGAACCACAACGGGAGUCGGUCAGUCCCGACCCCUAGAUGGCAGCUCCAAGUGCUUAGCGGCGUCUUUGUGAGGGGGGAGAAACGAGUCGGAAGCAAUUUUUCCUUUGCUUCUUAUCUCUUUAUCUCGUUUCGUUGGGGGGAAGAAAAAUGCCAUCCGCAUUCUGCUCUCUGCCUCCUCAUUUCUACCCUCUUCUUAAAAAUUAUAUCUAAUCCUCCCACAUAGAAGAAACGCAUUUUUUUUUUUUUUAGAGAGAAGAAAAACGUAAAAACGACGUUUUAAACAGCUUUUUUAAACCCUUGUCUUUAUUCUAUAUAUGGAUCGUUUCUUUCGGAUUCAGGUUUAUACCGGUGGAGCCCAAUUUGAAUUAAAGAUUAUGAUGGAUGAUUACAGUAGUCAAAUUGGGAUCGUGCGUGGAACCGAAAAGAAACGAAAACGACAACAAUGAAAGAAACGUGUGUGACAUCCAAUGUAAAAAAAACUUAUCUCUUGUUUAUCCCCACCCUCUCGAUUUAAACUAAAAUUGCGUGUGCAUGGAUUUUUCAGUGACAAAAAAAAGAAGGGAAACUCACAGCCUUUUUAAAAUAUAAAAGUAGAAAUUCUGGGCUAAUUGUGAUAUUAGAUGACGAAGAGGCAAACGACAUUGAAGUGUGCAUGCGUGUUAAUGUACUAGGGAAAGUGUGCCCGCGUUCAAGGUGAUUAGGGUGGGGAUAGAAUUGUUUUGGCAAUGGGAUGAAAAAAAAAUAGUGGAAAGUGAUCUACGUAGUUUUUAAUCAGCGUCACAAUUUUCGUGAAGCCUUAUUUCUUAAAAAAAAAAGAAAAGCAUAAAAAAAAAGAAAAAAACAUGCAGCUCGUUAUUAAAAUUCUGUCGCUUUUGAUUAUCUCUCUAUGCUCGAUAGUUCAAAAAAGAAAUCAUCACAGAACAAGCAUAAUACCCACAAUGCUUUAAUGUCAUUUUAACUUUUUUAUUUCUUCUUAAAGCUGAAACGACGCGAAUUCUUUUAAAUCGUGUGUGCUUUGUUUGAACCCAUAUUAUUUGUAUCCCCCCAUUUUUCAGAAAGCCUUAACAAAGGUGUAUUAUUUCGAUUUUUAUCUUUGUCUACCAAACUCAACAACAAAAAAAUCAGCUUUAUAGAUUUUAGUUUAAAGAAAAAAAUAAAUGAUUGGUGUCUUUAAAAAAA